AUGUGUUCCUGGGGGUUUGGCGCCGCCUUGCGCAUGAGGUUGUCGACGGCGAUGCCCAGCUCCGACUUUUCUGUGGAAAAAACCCUGAAGCUCCGCGAUCAACCCGCCGAUGCCGUCACUGACGUUGUCGAGGUGGAGCACCUUUGCCAGAGCUUCUUGCGUCGCGGUCUCAGCGGCUGCGGACAGGAGCGUGUCGAGGAUCUCGGCUAUCCAGCCCUGGAUCUCGCCAGGCGGUUCCUUUGGGGCUUUGGAGGCGUCUCGGCGGCCAGCAGCCGGGCCUCGACCGCCGUGCACUGGUCCGAGAUGGCCUUGAAUGCCGAGAACCUCUAUGAUGGUGUUGUCGACAGCAGCAGUCACAAAAGCAAACGCGGAAUCCAGCCUGGCGUACCGGCCAUCGGGGGGCGGCUCUGUGCUGUAGCCAUCGAAGGGGGCUUUUCCCAGGUCGUGCAUGGAUUGAAAGCUUCUGCUGGUGCUGUCGAGCCGCUCCCGUGGCGUCUUGAUGAGCGAAGACAGCCCAGCCAUGCCCAAUCCAUGCGCCUUCGUGCGGCAUACGUCCUCUAG